AUGGCUAUUAGCAAUGAUAGUAAUAUAACAACAGCACAACCAGUUGAAUGGUUUCCUGGUUUACAACUAGCCGCUUGUAUUUUUUAUAGUAUUAUACUUCUAAUAGGUGUUACUGGUAAUAUCUUGGUCAUUAUUAUUGUAAUGAAAUAUCAAGAUAUGCGUAAUGCUACUAAUUUUCUGUUGACAAAUUUAUCAGUUGCUGAUCUUUUCUUCUUAUUAUUUUGUACACCUGAUGGUUACCAACAUUUGUAUGGAAAAGAUAAACAUCGUUUAGGCAAAUUUAUGUGUAGAUUUAGUCCAUUUGUACAAAAUGUUACAGCUACUUGUUCUGUUUUAACAAUUAUGGCAAUAAGUUAUGAAAGAUAUAUAGCUAUUUGUCAACCAUUUAAAACAAAUUCGCUUCAUCUAUCGAUAUUUCGAACAUUACCAACAGUUAUUAUUUUUUGGGCUAUUUCUUGUUUAAUGUCAACACCUUUUUAUAUAUUUACAAAUACAUAUUUAGUACAAUCAACUUAUAACGAAACUAUCGUUUCAUGUUUAACUGGUUUCCCAUUACCAUGGUCUAUUUGGUAUCUUAUACCAUGUACAGUAGUUAUUUAUUUAAUUAUUUUAAUUAUGCUUUGUUAUUGGCAUUAUUCUAUAUGUUAUGUAUUAUUUAAUCGAGAAGCUCUUUUACAAGACAAUACAAUUGUAACACGUUAUCGACGACAAGUAUCACAAUUACUUAUUGUGUUAAUAAUUUCAUUUUUUGUUCUAAUUUUACCAUAUAAAAUCUGGGCUAUUAUACAGCCACAAUUAAGUUUUGAACAAUUUCAUCGAUUUGGAUUUCAACGUCAUUCGUUAAUGAUUAUUAUCAUACGUUCUCUACUUUAUUUAAAUUCAGCAAUUAAUCCAUUGUUGUAUUCCAUAAUGUCAACAAAAUUCCGACAAAGUUUUGUUCGUCUUUGUCAUCAAUAUCGUACAUGUUCAAAAAAUCAACAUGCAACUGAUGUGUUAUUUUAUAAAAGUUAUGCUAAACGUCCAAUAUCAAUGAGUGUUAAUAGAGAUGGUUGUGGUGGUACAAUAUCAACAACAGGUAAAUUAUCCUAUUAUCAACCAAAUCAUAAUCAUUUACAAGAAAGAAAAUUGUUAGUUGUCGAUGAUACUCCUACUCCAGUAACAACAACGGCAUUUAAUACUACAAAAUUUAUUUUUCCAUCUCAAACAUAA